AAGCCCAGUGUUAAAAACAAAAAACAAGCCAGCACUGAAAACACCUAAAACCUCAAAGUCCAGCGCUCUGCAACAGUAACACAUACCACCGCAAAACCAUUAGGACCUUUAACAGUUCCAAGCAAACCUCUCUCUCGCUUUCUUUCUAUGUUGAGUCUAUAGAAGCUGAGAGAUGAAAGCUUUGAGCGCACUGAGAACACUCCCGACCCUCCCUCCAAAACCCUACAGAGACCCUCUCUCCCGGACCUUUCUUUAUCAAUUUUUCUCAGCCCAGCCUCAAGAAGAAGAUCACACACAUACAACCACAUUCUCGGACUCUGAAAAUGACUCAGACUCUGUCUUUGACAGUACCCAUUACACAAUACCAACCAUUGCUUCGGAGCCCAACGCUCAACCCGCUCAGCAGCCCACUUGGGAUGAGAAAUAUAGGGCGAAAGCUGAUGAGUUAAUCUUUGCGAAGGAAACCCAGAAAGGAAAAUUGAGGACUUUGCAGAAAGAGGAGGAGAGGAGGAGGAGAGUGCUUGCCAAGGUGCUGCUCGAGGCGGCGUUGGAGGCAGCGGACGACGAGGUGGAGGAGCAGGAUGAGAAGCUUGUGGUGAAGGAGGAGGACCAGAAGUCAUUGUCGGUCGGGAUAAUUGGUGCUCCAAAUGCUGGGAAGUCUGCACUUACAAACUACAUGGUUGGGACAAAGGUUGCUGCCGUUUCUCGGAAGACAAACACCACUACUCAUGAAGUGUUAGGAGUGAUGACAAAAGAAAAAACCCAAAUUUGCUUUUUUGAUACGCCAGGACUUAUGUUGAAUAAAAGUGGAUAUCUUCACAAGGAUAUGAAAAUUCGUGUGGAAUGUGCUUGGAGUUCUGUUAAUCUCUAUGAUGUGCUCAUUGUUAUUUUUGAUGUCCAUAGGCAUCUUACCAGGCCUGAUUUAAGGGUUAUAAGAUUGAUCAAACAAAUGGGGGCACAACCGCACCCAAAACAGAAGCGUAUAUUGUGUAUAAAUAAGGUUGAUUUAGUUGAGAAAAAGAAAGAUCUGUUGAAGGCUGCUGAACAAUUUAAAGAUCUUCCCGGAUUUGAAAGGUAUUUCAUGAUUUCAGGACUGAAGGGCUAUGGAGUAAAAGAUCUAACUAAAUAUUUGACGGAGCAGGCAGUUACAAGACCAUGGGAUGAAGAGCCUUUCGCUAUGAGUGAAGAAGUUAUGAAGAAUAUAUCAUUAGAAGUUGUCCGCGAAAGACUAUUGGAUCAUGUUCAUCAGGAAAUCCCGUAUGGUAUUGAACAUCGUUUGAUAGACUGGAAAGAAUUACGAGAUGGUUCUGUAAGGAUUGAGCAGCACUUAAUCACCCACAAGCUAAGCCAGCGCAAGAUUCUUGUGGGAAAGAAGGGCUCCAAAAUAGGGAGAAUAGGCAUUGAAGCUAAUGAAGAGCUAAGGUCCAUAUUCAAGAGGGAAGUACAUCUCAUCCUUCAGGUUAGACUUAAAUGAUGCGUUUAUCAAGUCGUAGGCAAAUAUCAAGAAUUGCACAUUCUCUACAUACCGUCUGUACGUGUAUAUAGAAGUCCUGUUUGGUACACUUGUACCUUGAUCUCCCAUGUUACUUACCAUACAACGGCAAUACGGAGCGGAGCUUUCAAGGUGGCAAAUGAUUCUUCUUGUCUGAUUGGGAGACUGAAGUGGGUCUGGGAGACUCCAUCCAUGCAAGAAGAAUUCCCACCAUUCUGCUUCUAGUUUCUUGGUCUUUAGAAAGUUUUGAGAAUGUCCACAUUUUCAUUAGAGUUCCCUGUGAUUCUGUAUCUAUGCACGAAUAAUGAGGUCCCUUCAUUUAAGAUGUAUUUCUCUCUAUCAGAUUGUUCUGUUUUGUAACUCCCCAUUCCCAUAGGGUUAUGGAUGAAGUCAUUUUUAAAAAUCUCA